GCGAAAUCGUCUGUUUCCGGGAAAAGAAUCGUCCUGUUCCGGUGGGGUCGUCCAGAUGAGCGCCGUACGCAACACCGUGGAGACCGUGAACGCGGCGGCGACGGCGAUAGUUUCUGCUGAGACUCGAGUCCAGCCUACGACAGCCCAGCUCAGGAAUUGAUUCCAUACAAUCCUUCUCUCAUAUGAUGUAAUACUGAUUUUUGGCGGUGGACACCCAUCCAGAGCUCGUCCCAAGUUCCGGGACCACUUGACAGGGACUUGGUUGGUUGUCAUUCUGGGAGAUGACUUAUUCUGGGAGAAGACUUGCUGGAGUGGAAGCAGCCAUAGCCUUGGCAAUACCCUUCUUUGUCCAUAUUAUAACCAGUGGUAUAAAUUUAUAAUCUGGCGGUGACAUGGGUUGAAAAGUUGUAAAGCUCAAAUCAGGUGUUGGUAGGAUCUGGGGAAAGCUUAAACUAUACCCAUUUUGCUUCUCUACUAUCCCUUUUUGGAUCCCAACUUUUUGCUUGCAGGUGUAAGUUUAAUUGGAUAGUAAUCUUUGGUUAAGGUAAUUCUUCUGUUCUGAAGAUUUGACACACGCCAGCUACGAAUCUCAAAAGAUUAAUAUGGUGAAUGGUUAAAUUUUUCAGCUUUAGGAUAGGUUUUUUCCUUUUGUUUUCUGGUUUACUGAGUUGCGAAGAUGGCCAUGGAUUCUACUGUGAAAGUGGUUCUUGGUUCUAUUGCUUUUGCAAUCUUCUGGGUGUUGGCCGUUUUCCCAGCCGUCCCCUUCCUGCCCAUUGGAAGGACUGCAGGGUCCCUUUUAGGAGCUAUGCUCAUGGUAAUUUUCCGAGUUAUAACACCAGAUCAAGCAUAUGCCGCCAUUGAUCUUCCAAUCCUUGGCCUUCUCUUUGGGACGAUGGUUGUUAGUGUGUAUCUUGAAAGAGCAGACAUGUUUUUGUACUUGGGGAAAUUGCUCUCGUGGAAGUGCAGAGGGCCAAAGGACUUGCUUUGUCGAAUCAGCUUGAUUUCUGCCAUUUCCAGUGCUUUUUUCACUAAUGAUACAUCCUGUGUCAUAUUGACCGAGUUCGUUCUGAAAAUAGCAAGGCAGCAGAAUCUCCCACCUCAUCCCUUUCUACUAGCCCUUGCCACAAGUGCAAAUAUUGGGUCUUCGGCAACUCCAAUUGGCAACCCGCAAAACCUGGUGAUAGCUGUACAGAGUAAGAUUUCUUUUGGAAGGUUCCUAGUUGGAAUUCUUCCAGCUAUGCUAGUGGGAAUUUGUGUGAAUUCUUUAGUUCUUCUAGGCAUGUACUGGAAGUUGUUAUCUGUUCAGAAGGACGUAGAAGAUGCAGCCACAGAAGUGGUUCCCGAGGAAGAUGUGGUCUCACAUCGCUUUUCGCCUGCAACAAUGUCACAUCUGACAUCCUUGAGUUCUGAAGAAUUGAAUUCUAUUGUAGAAUCCAGGAAUCCCUUCAGUUCUCCAAAUGGGAAUCAAAAUACAGGUCAUGCUCAGUCUCUUAGGAAUCGAACAAAUUAUGGUGAGAACGAAAUCAAGAAGGCCUCUAGUGGGGAGUUUGAAUCUGGGAGGGAUUCGAGUGCGUCAAAAGAGGCUUCGAAUGAAGGAUUUUCAGAAAAAAAGGAUGAACCUGCCAUUUCAAGGAGGUUUCCAUCCGUGAAUGAAUUGACAAAUAUUACGAACUCUGUGCAAUCUCCCGAAGAAAAGGAAGACGCGACUUCAAGACGGAAAAGGGUCCUAUGGAAGACUUGUGUUUACCUUGUUACCCUUGGGAUGCUGAUUUCCUUACUUAUGGGGCUGAAUAUGUCAUGGUCUGCAAUUACUGCUGCACUGGCUCUAGUGGUUCUCGAUUUUAAGGAUGCUCGGCCAUCCUUAGAAAAGGUAUCUUAUUCGCUCCUGAUCUUCUUCUGCGGGAUGUUCAUCACAGUUGAUGGAUUUAACAAAACAGGAGUUCCCAGCAACCUAUGGGAAUUCGUGGAGCCUUAUGCACAGAUUAAUCGCCUUGGUGGUGUUGCAGUUCUUGCUGCUGUCAUUCUCGUUCUCUCCAACCUGGCUUCAAAUGUACCCACCGUUUUAUUGCUUGGAGCGCGAGUGGCUGCAUCUGCAGCUGCAAUAUCCCCGGCGUAUGAGAAGAAAGCAUGGCUUAUAUUAGCUUGGGUCAGUACUGUUGCUGGGAACCUCUCUCUACUGGGAUCGGCUGCCAACUUGAUAGUAUGCGAGCAGGCUCGUCGAGCUCCUCUUUUAGGAUACAAUUUAUCUUUCUGGAAACAUCUCAAGUUUGGAGUCCCUUCUACUCUUAUAGUCACUGCCAUUGGCUUGUUCCUGAUAAAUUGAUAGGUAACUGCAUUUUUUCAGCAUAUCACCAUGUAAAAUUUUGCAGAUUAACUGUUCUGUUUCUUAGGGGUUUGAAGGAAAAUAGGUAUCUUGUUUAUUAUCUUUGCAUUUACUUCACAAUGUAAAGGCAUUUAUGGUUGCUGUUAA